CCAUUUCCUUAUUUCCAACAACAAAACUGAAGAAACAUUAUCACCCUAUUUCACAAAGUUUUCUUUUGUUGCACAUCUGUAAGCUUGCUUUUUAUUUUAUUUUACUUUAUUAUAGGCAUUCUUUCUGAUGGACAACUUGAGGGACAAGACUGGAAUGGGUGUACUUUGAGUGGGCUAUGCUAAAUGACUGGUAAGGUUGUAAUAAAUGUAUUAUCAUACUAAUUAUCAAAUUUGUUAUCUUUUAUAAUAACCAAAACAACAAAUGUUGAAAGGAAUUUUAUUUACUUGUAGGCAGGCAUGUGCUCGUAGUUCAAGGUUGGUUCUACACAAAAUUUCUAAAGUUUCCAAUGAUUUAUUCUUGUGUACACAAAGGAUAAUUUAUUGGUUCUUAUAUAUCCCGUCACUAUGUCAUAUGGCAGUGCACUGAAGACACAUAAAGAUAAGUGUGUUCAGACCAUCCCUUCAGUGUGAGGUUGUAGUAUGUGGGAAGACUGAAUGAGGGUGGGGGAGAACUCUGAGAACUUGGGCUGAAGUUCAGGGCACUUUUUGCCUGUAGCUAGAGUUUGCACGCUCCGUCACAGAAACCUAAGGUGAGAAUAUGAAUUUAUAGGGCAUAAGAUUGGAAGGAGGAGGCAUGUUCCUCCACCCAAAAAUUCAGUUAUAACUUAAUUACAUUUACUGUACAUUUACUGCCUGCUAAAUAAAAAAGCAAAUAAACCAGUCCAGCAUUUCUGCUGUCUGUUGAGCAAUAGUGACUAAAACAGAAAAAGAGUGAGCUCUUAUGCAAGUGCAAAGAGCAGAAAGAUACAAGCACAUUCCAGGAGUCCAAAUACAGUACAACAGAAACAAAUUAACACAGAUCAUAGGAACAACAACAGAAAUAAAGAACUAUAGAAGUUAUACAAGUUAUACAAGAGCAUGCUAAGCUCAGUGGUUAGACAUGGAGGGGUAGGCAGGCCUAAAAAAGUCUGUUUAAAGGUGCCACAUAAAGUAAUCCCUUCACCUAGGUAGUCAUACCGGAUAGGAAGUCGGAAGUUGUUCUGGGUGAAUACCCUCUUGCAUAAUUUUUUAAGUCAAUGAGUAUAACAUCGGUCUAAUCUAAUUAUAUAACCAGUUAGGUGAAGUUUGCGGUAUCACACACCACUGCCACUGCACCACUGCCAGGAGAAACUACCGGUUCUAUAUCAACAGAUUCCUGUAUCUAAUUUGUGGGCGGAUUCAUUCUGUCCUGAACGGUACACUACAUGAACACACAUUUUUUAACAUGGCAGAAAUAUGUAUUAGCAUACCCUGUGUAGCUACAUACAGUCACUCUAAUUCACAUGUCACUGAACAGUUUUGCUUUGUUUCUUCUCCACAAGGACCAAAAGUACACGGUUGCGCUACUUUCCCCUGGGUACUCAAAAGGUAUUUCCAUUUGUGUGUGAUUGCAUUGCGUGAUCAACGUUGGUGAUGGCUACUUCAUCAGGGUCGUCAUCACAGAAUGCAGCUGCCAUGUCUGAUUAUAAACAUCAUCCGAUUGCAAAAUGGACAAAGGAGCAUGUUCAUGCAUGGCUUUGUAAAACUGUUCAAGUCAAGCAGAAUUAUGCAGACAUGUUUGUUAAGCAGGAAAUAUCAGGUGAAUGCCUACUUUGCUUUGAAAAGCAGGAUAUAGUAGACAUGGGAAUAGAAUAUGGCCCAGCUGUUAAGAUCUGGUCACAACUAAAGAAACAGAAGGCACUGUCAGACACUGAAGCUGACACCUCCACUAAGACAGUGAGGCCUCCACAAAGACCAUUUCAGAGAGCAGAAAGAAAUAAUCAGAUGCCAAGUAUUUUUACAUUACUUCUUCAUUGUCUGGAGGAUCUCACAAAUGAAGACUUUAAGAAGUUCAGAAGAUACCUAAAGGAACCUAUACUAAAUGAAUGCAACACCAUUCCUACAUGUCAGUUAGAGAACAAAGAAAGAACAGACAUCGCUAACUUAAUUCUACAAUAUCAUGGGGAAGGUAAUGCCUUGAAAAUAACCAUCUGUAUACUGAAGAAGCUUCCACGGAAUGACCUUGUGGAAAGCCUUACAGAGAAUGUUGACCAACUCCAAGUUUCCAUAAAAGACUCAAAGAGAGAAGUGAAAAGGGAAUCAAAUCAGGGUGAAAAGCUCAAGAACCUGCUAACAUGUGGAGCAUCAACACUGGGUCACUACAGCCAUUUUAUCGUCAUCAUGAACAAAAGUGAUCCUGAGCAGCUAGAACAUCUUCAGUUCCUUUGCAAAUUAAAUUUGUUUUGUGUUUUGGACUUUGAUCCUAAUUCAAACACUAAAGGAACUUGCAAACUGUACAGAGAAUCCCGUCAUGCAAACCUGCAUUUCCCAGACCUUUUCCAGGGGGAGCCAAGUGCUGUGAUCAAAAACCUAAACCUCUACAACCAGACCAGUUGGGUGUUUUGCAAUGGAAGGCUAGAUGUGAAUUCUGAAUCUAACAGACAUCUUGACUACCAAAGCUGGUUGAGAAUAACUCACAGGGAAAUAGAGCAAAUGGUUUCAUUUAUCUACAGACCUGAAGUCCUUCCUGGUAGGAGAUGUCUUGUGAUAUUCCUUCUGCUUUCUACUGUCGAGUCAGAGAAAGACCCCAUUUUUGAUACAUUCAUGACUUUUCACAGGCAGUGUGGAGGGGAGGAGAACAUCAUCCAUAUUUGUAAAAAUGAGCACACAUUUGAAAAAUGGCAAAAUCUCAUUCAAAAGAAGUAUGAGUUUGAUCUCAACAAACAGUCCAUUUAUGAGUUGGAUUUGAGCCAAGUUAAUGGACUUAUAAUGAAACUGGGACCACACUCUCAACCCUGUGAAAAGUUGCUGCCAUCAGCUGGAUCUAGUUAUGUCAUUCUGCAACAGAAGGAUGCAGAUAGAAUGACUACUUUAGACAUUUUGUGUGCAAAUGAAUGUGACAAUGUUCAGGUUGAAAACAGCACUGAAUUUCAAAGCUUAAAACUUGAGGUUGAGGAAGAGUUCUAUAGAGGAGGAGAAGUCAAGUGGUUGAACUUCUACUUCUCGGAGAAACAAAAAGCAAAGCCAUUCAUCAAACGAGAGAAAUAUGAAGCUGUAAUGACAAUGGUAACAUCUCAGAUUAAGCAUCCUAAACGCACAUGCGUCCUGGUGAAUCUUUUUCACCAUCCUGGAUGUGGAGGUACAACAUUAGCAAAGCAUGUAAUGUGGGACCUUAGAAAUCAGUUAAGAUGUGCAGUUCUGAAGGACAGCUCUUCAGAUGACCAGGUGGCCUUGCAAAUAAUGGACCUAAUGAAGCAUGGGAAAAGUGACGAAUCUCCUCAAACACCAGUGCUAUUGUUGGUAGAUGAUUCCAAAGCCACAGAAAAGCUGAAGAAUUGCAUUCGUAGGAAAUUAGAUGAGAAUUGUGUAACAAAGCAUGAAAUGUGUACCAGCUCACUGGUUAUCAUUUUGGACUGUGUUCGCACUCAUUUCCCAAAAGAUCAGUACAAACGUUGUGAGACACAAAGUCAGUACAUAACAGCAGAACUAACAAAAAAAGAACAAGAUGACUUUGAAGAAAAACUGCAAGAGUUGAGAGAAAAUCAUAAAAGGCCUGAGAACUUCUAUAGUUUCAUGAUCAUGAAAUCAAACUUUGACAAGAGGUAUGUUAAAAAUGUGGCAAGCAAUAUCUUGAAAGAUCUGGAUAUAGGCACCAAACAAGCACAGCUCCUCUCCAUCAUGGCACUGCUGAACUCGUAUAUUCCUGAUUCACAUAUUUCUCAGUCAGUCUGUGAAGAAUUCCUUGGAAUGAAACCGUUGCACUGGGGGAAAGAGACCGUUCUUGAAAGGAUGGAACCUUACUCAAAUUUGCUUAUUGGAUCGAAGGGUGGUCAGUAUGGGGAAUACUCUGCCAUCCGUAUUCUACACCAUGACAUAGCCUGUGCAUUCUUGGAGGAACUGGAUUUGACAUACAACAUAAAGAGGAGUGACAUUACCAUGGAUCUGCUGCAUUGUGAUUUUUUUUUCAAAACUGGACUGGGAAAAGAUGCUUUAAUACUCUCCAUUCAGCGAAUGUUGAUUGAGAGGCAACGCAAUGUGAAAAACGAGAGACACACCCAGUUCUCCCUGUUGAUUGAAAAAAUCCACAAAGAUGAAGGAAGACAAAAAGUUCAAGAAAUCUUCAUGAAGGCAUCAUCAAGAUAUGAGACAAGUGCUUCCAUCCCCCAAGCCUUGGCACGAUACCUGUACCUUUAUGACAAAGAUUUCUCUCAAGCCCUUGAUUGGGCAGAAAAUGCAACACAAAUCACAGAAAAUCCAUUCACUGUUGAUACAAUAGGACAGAUCCACAAAAAUCAUUUGAAGUAUAAAAUUCAACAAGAGAAGGAGAAAGAGAUGCCUCAUACUCCAGAAUACGUUGAUGUCUACCUUGAGCUGGCUAAAAAGGCAAUCAAUGCCUUUCAAAGAGCACGGAAACUGGCAAAGACUGAUUAUGAGCCUUAUGAAGAUUACCAUCUUACGAAAGACUCAUACAACCAAUCUGCAGACAUGGGGGUGAUAGAAACAGCACUCAUAGUCUUUGAAAUGAUCAGUAGCCUCCCAUUUUUUGAAGGAGAAGAUCCACUGACAAAGAGGUACUUGAAGAGCUUCCUCAAAGGCAGCAUUCCUAUUACAAAUGUGCAUUUUGAGGAUAAUGUGAUAAAUCACAAAUAUGUUGAAGUUCUAAAGAAACAUGAACAGUUUGUUCAUGGGUUAAAGAAGCAGGCAAAGACUAGUUUCGAAUUCCUUGACAGUUACUUUACUUACUUGAAGAGCAGAAAAUUUGAGGAGGAGUUAGACCAUCGGUGUAGAAGGAAAGUGUCAGAAUACUUCAAGGAGUAUAUUUCAGUUUUCUGCUCUGAAGCUGAAUGGUCACAAGAGCAAGCAGGUAAAAGAUUUCUUCGUGAAAACAUGGACAUUGAAGCACGCCAAAUGUUUUUGGAAGAACAGAAAGCUGACACUUUUGCUGGGCUGCUUCAACACUUGGAGAAGGAGAAUGCAGAAACCAUGGAGAAAAUAACAGAAUGCUACACAUUUUUACAUCAGCGCUUAAAGUUCAGAAAUCCAAAACUCAAAACAAACUUCAUACUGUCCAACUUAAUCCUGCAUUUCAUCAAACCCAAAUCAAAGUGCACAAUGAGGGAACAGGAUCUCUUCCAUCUUCUGAAGGAAACGAUGCAAGAAAUAGGACUGCAGUACUCAUCUCCAGAACCUUACUACUUAGCGUUACUGUUACUUUGGCCAUGUUCAUCGACGCCAGAUAUUGAUAAAAAUAUCUUACUCUAUGUCAGUGCCAUACGCAGUUCUUUUCAUCGUCAACUACCCCAUUCAUUGCGCAAGAGAGGAGCCAUUUCUUAUUUUUUGCUGGGGAACAAGUCAGGAUUGGAAAAGCUUGUUCGUAAAGCUAAACUGUAUGACACAAAAGACCCAAAAGAAAGCAACAGGCUUUGGCAGAGUGGAGAGAUCUUCACUCUGGAGGACAUCAAAGACCGCCUACACCGCGUACAUGGAACUGUUGAGCAAGGGGAAGUUUACUUUGAGCACACUAAACACAAAAUCCCAGUGCAUCCAGCCUUGCUUGGUGCAGUGAGGACUGGAUUCAGUACAGAAAGGGUGACUUUCUACUUGGGCUUUUCCAUGACCGGUCCACUUGCGUAUGACAUUCGCUAUGAAAGCUAACUUCAUUAAACCUUGAAGAAUUCUAGCAUUGUAGUAUUCUACACUAUCUCACAGUGCCUCUCAACAUGAAAAAAUGAGGACAGUCAGUGAGAGGAACAAUGCAGUUUAGAUGCUGAAAGAAGCAAAUUCAACCAUAACACAGAAAUUAGAGAUGGAAAUAUUUGGGCACUUAUGGAAAAUGAUAAAAGCUGUGCUAAUUGGCUGCCAACUGCAGAAUUAAGGCUACUUAAGAGGACAACAACUUUUCAUCAGCAUCAUAAAUAACAUCCCAGUUUUCAACAGGAUGGAAAGUGCUGAGAUCAUUCUGCUAAUUUCUGAAACAAAGUUUAACGCAGACAAAAUGACAUUGUAAUGGGAAGGAUAAAGUGCAGGGAAAUGGGGGAAAUCAACAAUGAAAAAAAAUCUGCUGAUAGUAUUAGGACAGAUCCACAAAAAAGUCAUUUGAAAUUAAUAAUUCAAGAAGAUAGAUACCUUGUACUCUAGAAUAUCUUGACGCCUACCUUGUGGUUCCUCGAAGAGCACGGAAACUGAAACACAGCAAAGACUGAACAUGAGUCUUAUGAAGAUCUUACCAUCUUACUAAAGACUCCUACAAUCUGCAGACAUGGGGUUGAUAGAAACAGUGCUCGGAGUCUUUGAUCUGAUCAGCAGAUGCUGUGAUGUAUUUUUGCUGUAUUUUUGAUGGAAAAGACUCACUGACAACAAGAUACCUGCAGAGCUUCCUCAAAGGCAGCCUUCCUAAUAAGAGUGAACAAGUUUCUUCAUGGGUUAAAGCAGCAGGCAAAGACUAGCUCUGAAUGCUUUUGAGCAGAACAAGAGCAGAACAUUUAAGGAGGAGUUAGACUAAAUAUGCAGAACAAGUAUCAGACUCUAGUCCUCGAACACUGCAGACUUCAGUGUACACACCUGAAUCAGCUCAUCAGCUAAUUAGCAAGAACUGAAUUCAGAGCUUUAAAUGAUGGUUAAUACUAACAACCACAGCACUUUGGCCUGGAAGUUCUCCAGCUUGACUGCUGUAGAAGGAAGCUAUCAGAAUACUUCAAGGAGUAUAUUUCGUUUUUCUGCUCUGAAGCUGAAUCCUCACAAGAGCAAGCAAGCAAAAGAUUUCUUCGAGAAAACAUGGACACUGAAGCAUGGAAAAUGUUUCUGGAAUAACAUAACACUUGGAGAAGAAACCAUGGAGAAAAUCACAAUGGGCCUCAUUCACCAAUCAUUCACAAGAAGGAAUUUCUGCUUAAAACCCACUUAUGCAGUUUUUAUGAAAAAUCUUAGAUUCACCAGUGUUUCUUAUUUGGGAUUUGUUCUUAGGUAAGAACAGAAUCUACACACACUCAAGAGCAGAAAUGUGUGAAUUCUGCUGUUUAAGAACUCGUCUGAUGUACACUUUUUCUUAGGACCUUUCUCAAGAACAAAUUUAAGAAAAAUCUUAGGAAGAUACUGGAGAAUGAGGACCAAUGUUAUACAUUUUUGCAUGAGCAUUCAAAGUCCAGAAAGCCAAAACUCCAAACAAACCUCACACUGUCCAGCUUCAUCCUGCAUGUCAUCAAACCUGAAUCAAAGUGCACAACAAGGGAAUGGGAUCUCAUCCAUCUUUGGAAUGGUGCAAGAAAUGACAUUAACAAUGUUAUAUUACUGCAUAUAAUCAGUCAUGACAAAAAUGACUUGAUUACAUGAUGUUCAUGGCAUGGAAAUGUCAAGCUAAUGUAGCGUUCAAUUAAAAUGUUUCUGAGUUUAUAUGAUAGCUGAAUGUUGUCCAGUAUAGACAAUACAAAAUCAUGUAUUGUGAACUUAUGAAUUAUAAUAAGCAAAAGAGCUUUUUUGAAUUUUCACUUUUAUUUACUUAUCUUGAGUAGGCUCAGUCUCCAGAGAUAUACAGGAGCAGAAGGUCUACAUUUACAACAGGAGCAGUACAAUUCCAAUGCACUUACAUAUCUGGAAAAUCUAAUGUUUUGAGAUAAUUUUCAUUUUUUUAUCAUGACUUUGAUACUUUUUUUGUUUCGUACAUUGCAGUGUCUUAACAAUCAAAUAUUUAAAGAAACAUAAACUGAAACAUUCAUUUUUUUCUUUACAAUAUUUGACAAACUUUGCUGAUAUGUUGUUUGUCAAGAAUUCUUGCUGUAUUAUUAGACAAAGUUCAACAAAAAAAGACAAUUCCAUGAUGAUGUAUUCUUUGACAUUUUCAGUUUAAUAUUUCUUGAGGAGGUCUCUGAUGUUUCUUGAUCUACUGCACAGCUACAUUUAAUGCAUGCCAUUGUACAUAGAUUCUAAAUAAAAAAGAGAAAAUACAUUUUUAAUUUAAA